AUGACAGCAGGUGAACCACGUGACAUCACAUGCACAGUACGAGGGGCACGCCCACCGGCUCUCAUUGAGUGGCGCACCGAUGCUGAACAUAUCCAUGUCAUGGAUCAGGGCAAUGUUGUUAAAGGUCAAAGCUACAUAUCUCACAGGGGAGCCACGAUAACACCUUCUAAAGAUUACCACAACAGAAUUAUUCGCUGUCUGGCGUCCCAUCGGGAACUGCAAAAUGUACUCCAAGCAACCAUUCUUCUCAAUGUUCAAGAAUUGCAGCUCUCGGCUUCCUCCAACAUAAGCAACCUAUUGGAUACCCCAACUUUAGUCGUCUUUCAAAACGUUCCAGCCUUCAUCACCUGCAAGUGUCUGGGGUCUCGUCCAGUUGCCAUACUCUUCUGGGAACUUGGAGAUACAGUGGUCACGGAAGGCGUCACAUCUUCCGUUACCCCAAAUAGCAUGGAUAAGAGUUUAUUUGAUGCAGAGAAUACUCCGCAAAUGAGUGGUACCGGUGAUCUGCAAGAUGGGAUGUCCGCAUCGGUCACAUGCAUUGUCAACAACGGAUAUCCAGCGCCUAUAUUUCAGUGGAACCUAGGAACGGCCGAUCUAACCAAUAAGUCAGCAACAGAAAAUGAACUGAAUGAAUAUAAUAGGAUGUAUACAAGGAGUGUGCUCACGUUCACACCAAAGAAGAGCGACCACGGCCAAUACCUUGCCUGUGAGGUCUUUCAGCCUGAAGCUCAGCCUACGUGGUUUAGGAGCGUGAGGAAAACGAUCGAGAUUUCAUAUCCUCCCGUCAUUGUCGACUUGUCAGCUCGUCGAAGUUCGGAUGGUGAAGGGAGAAUGUAUGCACUACUUACAUGCCAGGUAGAUGCUAGACCUCCAGCCUGUAUCUUCGAGUGGUUCUUUAAUGGAUCAAAGCUGGAAAAUAACACCAAAAUAGCGGUCCAUCAAUGGGACUUCCAAGAAACUGAAAUGGUUACAAGUACGCUGAUGAUCGGUAAUCCAAAGGUGAUCAAUGAAGGAAAUUAUAAAUGCCUGACCAGGACAUCAAUGGGUAACGACAGUGCUGCUAUCUACUUUACCUUCCCGAGUGAGUAG